AAACACAGUUCGCCCUACAAAUCAGCAGCUUCUACCACCACGAAUACUCACUCCGAUCAAUACGAGUCAUUUUCGCUCAACUGUCCACACGUCGCUGAUGCCAGUAACGACAACGUCAGUCGCGCCUGUCAUUCAAUAAGUAACGACACAAUAUGGCUCAAGAUUGAAGCAGGAGAGAAGAAGAUUUUCAACCGCUUGACAACGUUCACCAAACGCGUCGUUGCUGGCAAAACUGUUCUUCGUGUCCUCCUCAACAACGGCCGAUAUUUCUUCGACUAUGAUGAAUUAACUGGUGACUUUGUCAUGGAAAUUCGUCCUGUCAAUGUUGAUGAAGAUGCUGGCGUUUGGCAAUGCCACGUUACCGUCUACCAGAAAGGAAACACUCAUACCUCUUACCAGCCGAAGUCGAGUAAAAGUACCACAUGGUGUGAGUUC